AUGAUCUCCACCACAGCCUACAAGUGCAAGGACGGCGUGGCAGGCCCAGUGGCAGGCAGGAGGCACAGAAAAUGGGCCUUAGUGGGGGCAGCCCCAGCACUGGCCAAGUCUGGGCAGAAAGCAUUUGGCUGCCUCGCUGACCUCUUUGCUAUGUACAACACGGUGGUGGCGAACUGCUUCCUGGAAGGCAUGAUUAGUCAUCAGGAGCACGUGUUCCUUAUAGCUGGAGAUAAAUGGGCGUUCAGCCUGUCAACCACAAAGCUGCACCGCGCGGGACGAGUCGCCGGCGGCGCCCGACGGAGCAGAAGAGGAGAGGGCGUGGAGCUGGAGAGGGGUGUCUGUGCAGCCCUCCUUACCUUUGUUCAGACGCACCUCCCAGAGGCUGACCUCAGCGGCUGGGAUGAGGUCAUCUUCUGUGUGCUCGGGGUCCUUGAGGACCUGGGCCCCUCAGGCCCAUCGGAGGAGAAUUUCGAUAUGGAGGCCUUCACUGAGAUGAUGGAGGCCUAUGUGCCUAGCUUCGCCCACAUCCCAAGGGGUACAAGAGGGGAAAUGAUGCAGAGGCUCUCAGGGCAGUUGAGUGGUGCCAGGAACAAAGAGAACCUGCAACCACAGAACUCUGAGGUCCAAGGUCAGGUAUCUGUCGCCCCAGAGCCUCUGCAGCGGUUCAAAGAAGAGACGAUGUCUUCUCCGACUGCUGCUCGGGACACCCAAGAAGAGGCAUCCGGCGCUGAGGAGGAGCUGCUGCCGGGGGUGGACGUACUUCUGGAGGUGUUCCUUCCCUGUUCGGUGGAGCAGGCCCAGUGGGUGUUGGCCAGAGCUCGAGGGGACUUGGAAGAAGCUGUGCAGAUGCUGGUAGAGGGGAAGGAGGAGAGGCCUCCAGCCUGGGAUGGCCCCAACCAGGACCUGCCCAGGCGCCUCAGAGGCCCCCAAAAGGAUGAGCUGAAGUCCUUCAUCCUGCAGAAAAAGUACGUGAUGGUGGAUAGCGCAGAUGAUCAGAAGAUUCGCCGGCCUAUGGCUCCUAAGGAGGCUCCCAAGAAGCUGAUCCAGUACAUCGACAACCAGGUAGCGAGCACCGAAGGGGAGCGAUUCAAAGAUGUGCGGGACCCUGAGGCUGAGGAAAUGAAGGCCACAUACGUCAACCUCAAGCCAGCCAGAAAGUACCGCUUCCACGGAGGCACUCGCCAGACUCUGCCCGAGCCAUCUAGGCUCAGAUCCCAGAGGGAUGCAGAGGCCCUGCAUCCCCACACAGGGCCCGCCCUAACUCCUGUCCCCCAUCUUUCCCUACUUCCUUGCUCCACAGUGCUAACCUGCUCUUGGAGCUGCCAUGGGCACGGUAGAGUGCUCAGCACAGUGCGGGUCAGGGCAGUCUCAUGCGGUCGGUUGUACGGGGUGUGCCCUGCUCAGGGUGCCUACAGAGGCCACACGUGGGGCCGAGCUUCAACUCUCCUCUAUGCAUCAAAGUUGCCGCCUCAGGAGCAGGAGGCACCUCUUUGCCCUUCCACCUGCUGGCAGGCUCGAGGGGACACCUUUUUCUAA